AUGCCCUUAGGCUGCCAACCCGUUUUUCAACGCUCAACCACGACACUCUUGGAAAAUAUAAAUAUAAAUAAAUAAAACCGGUGCCAAAUGCGUGGCCAUCUGAUAAAGGCAAAAGAGCAUAAUGAGUGGUUACUUUUGGCUAUUGGUUGGCAUAAGUUCAGCACUUAAAGUGCUGCUACUGCCAGCAUAUUAUUCGACAGACUUUGAGGUUCAUCGCAAUUGGUUGGCAAUUACACACAGUUUGCCAUUGAAUCGCUGGUAUUUGGAUGCGACUAGCGAAUGGACGCUCGACUACCCGCCCUUCUUUGCCUACUUCGAAUGGCUGCUCUCCCAGGCGGCUAAAUAUGUGGAUCCCAAAAUGCUAAUCGUACAGAAUCUGAAUUAUGCCUCAAUCAAAACGGUGUAUUUUCAGAAACUUUCGGUUAUUGUCAUGGAUCUGAUAUAUGUGCUGGGCGUGCGCUCUUGUCUGUCCGCGCUGGGUGUCGUCAAGUCGACACAACAGCACAUUGCCGGCUCCAUGCUGUUGCUACUGAAUGUGGGCCUCAUCUUUGUGGAUCACAUUCACUUUCAGUACAAUGGCUUCCUUUUUGGCAUCCUUCUGCUUAGCAUAAGUGCUUUGCUCAGACAACGUUAUCUAUGGAGCGCCUUUGCAUUUGCUGUGCUGCUGAACUUCAAGCAUAUCUUCCUUUAUAUGGCGCCCGCCUUUGCUGUCUACCUCUUGAAGUUUUAUUGCCUGGAGAAAGGAGGAAAUUUUGUACAUUCCAUGCUCAAGUUGUUGGCUGUGGGUCUCUCGCCAUUCCUGCUCUCCAUUGGCCCCUUUUGGCGCCAGUUGCCGCAGCUGAUGUCACGCUUGUUUCCCUUCAAGCGAGGUCUUACUCACGCCUAUUGGGCACCCAAUAUAUGGGCACUAUAUAAUACCGCCGACAAGUUGGCUGUCAGUGCCUUAAAGCGCUCACUUCCGAAUGCUGCACCGUCGACUAGCUCAGGAUUGGUUCAGGAGGUGAAACAUGUUGUGCUGCCCAACAUAACGCCGUCUAUAACCUUUGCACUGACAUUCCUAUUUAUGCUGCCCAUUCUGCUGAAGCUGUUCCUCACAAAGACUAGAGAGCAAGCCAAGUUGGUGUUCCUGCGUGCUGUUGUGCUCUGCGCCUGUUCCUCGUUCAUGUUUGGUUGGCAUGUGCACGAAAAAGCGAUACUAAUGUGCCUUGUACCAUUGUGCCUUCUAGCUGUGGUGGAUCGUCGGGAUGCCAAAUAUGCGUAUAUCUUAUCGGUCGCUGGAUACUUUUCGCUGUUUCCGCUGCUCUUUGAGGUGGAUCUGCUUGUGCCACGUUAUUCACUGUACCUCGCCUACAUGGCCAUGAUGUAUGGUCAGCUGGAGAGGAUGUAUAAACCGAAGCCAAAGUUCCACAUACUCGAGUGGUUAUAUUUUCUAGGAUUUCUAGCAAUACCAAUCUAUGAACAUGUCGUCAGUCGGAUGCUGGGAUUGCAUACACGUCUGCCUUUUAUGCCACUGCUGCUCACCUCGGUGUAUUCAGCGCUGGGCGUGCUCUACUUCUUUGUGCGUUACUAUAUCUACGCCUUGGACAUCACGUGGGAGAGUCUUGGCAAACGGCGCGUUCCUCAAAUCAAAUUCUCGGCGGCGAAAAGAAAACGUAAAACCAAAUAAAUGCAUUUGUAGCAAGAGCAUAUCUGA